UCUCUCUCUCUCUCCGGUUCCUCGCUCCCUCACGCUUUCACACCGAUGAACACGCUGUGUGAUGAUUGCUACAUGUGGGCAACAGUAGAUAUCUCUACACAAGAACAGAGCCACGCUAAACCCGUCGGAUAAAGCAGCCUCUCCAGCCUGAAUCAAAGAGCUGUCAUCUACAACGGCAGUGAACUGUAAAGGCAAAUCAGCUCCACAGUACAACCGACGAGAAGAAACUGCAUUGCGAGGACAUUCAGGCCAUGAAAACUAGACUAGGGUGCCUGUCUAACAAAUCAGACUCAUGCAGCGAUUUUUCAGAAUUCCUGCCUCCUGCUCAGGAGAGAUCCACAAGAUACUUGAAGUUAUCCACGGAUGAAGUGACCAGAUGGGCAGAUUCAUUUGACGCUCUGCUCUCCAAUAAAUAUGGUUUGGCAGCCUUCAGAACCUUCCUCAAAACAGAGUUCAGUGAUGAAAACAUCGAGUUCUGGUUGGCUUGUGAGGACUAUAAAAAGAUCAAAUCCCCUGCUAAGAUGAUGUCUAAGGCCAAUAAGAUCUACAAAGAAUUUAUUGACGUUCAUGCACCCAGAGAGGUUAACAUAGACCACAGGACCAGAGAGGAAACCAAACAGAGGCUUCUGGAACCAACUCCCAACAGUCUCAAUGAAGUCCAAGCGAAAGUGUACAGCCUCAUGGAGAAAGACUCCUAUCCUCGGUUUAUAAGGUCAAAGAUCUAUCAGGACUUAUUGAACAGGACACAGAUAUACUGUCAGAGGAAAUCUGUUUAAAAGUGAAUGUCUUAUUGCUUGCCUGGUUAGAUGAUAUUGAGAUAAUAAAGCAGACUUUAAUUGUAAUAUAUAGCAUAGUCUGUGUGUUUACAAAAUAAUUAGAUGAGAAUAAUCAAAUAAAAAGGUCAAAAGACAAACUAGUUCCUUGCUAGUUUGUGCAUCUGAACUUAAACACGACCCUGUACUGUGCUUCUUCGCCCAGUUCUAUUUGUAAAGUGGCUAUAUUCUCUCCCUUCGAUUGUAAUAGAAUGGUCAAUGUUUCCUCUGAAUGCUGGCAAGCAUGUAAAUGUGAAUCAGUCUCUACAUGGGUAAUAUGUAAGAGUAGAGUAUAAUAAUUUAUUUUUCUUAUCUUCAAUGUAACUUGUGUACACAUUAACACUGAUAGAUUUCGAUAAAGCAACUUCAGACAUGCCUGCUGUGUUAUUGCAUGCAGCCUCGGCCUUCAAACAUCUCUCAUUGAUACUUUUCCCUUAAAAUCUACAUCUAAAAAUACUUUGAUCCCACACACAUACGCACACUGAAUAUAUUUAUUUUUUUCUCUGAAGAAGUGAUAUUUUUAAUGUAACAUUUAUGUUGUUGUUUUUUUUUUGUUGUUGUUUAUUAAUUUAUUUAAGCUUAUUCUUUCACAUGUUGAUGUUCUGAUGGUUUACAAUGACAUGUUUUUGUGAUGAUACUAGAUCAAGUAAAGCAUGUCACUUCGAA